AAUCAACAUCUCUAUUCGCACCUCAAUUCCUCCAUUUCGACCACCAUCUAUCUAUCUAUCUAUCUAUAUAUAUAUUUGGUGUUCACGGUACAUAUUCCACAGGGAAUCUGCGUAUUGUUGGAGUUGCAUCCAUGGAAGCUGCAGAGCUGGAGGAGGCGAUGAAGGUGCUUCAAUCCUCUGUUUCUCGAGCCAAAUGGCGACUCAAACCCGCUUCGAAACGUCGCCUCGAUACAGAUAUCCUGGCCUUGUGUACAGGGAUGAGAGCAGUUGUAAUGGUUGACUAUGGAGGGAAGAUGCCUGAAUUGCAAGAUCACCUUUGUGAAGUUCUCAAACUUAGCCAGAAGGAGUCAUCCAUAUUUCAGCAUCUGAGAGUCAUGGUUAUAGAAGACAUGAUAUAUCUGAUACAUGUCAAAGGGCUUGCAGAGUUUGCUGGAGCAAGCUUAAAUUCAGAAAAGGAGCUGCUUUUUGUGGACCUUGAACAGGAUCCUCCGAAGAUGAUAACACAAACUGAAAAGAGCUCAGUCGUGAUGCAGCUUUUAUCAGUUCAGAGGUUGUUUUCUUUGAUCUUUCCUGUUGAUGGAAUACAAAAUGAAACCUUGUCAUAUAACAGAACAGACUCAGUACACAACAGCCAAUCCACCACUGAUGAACAAGUAAUUUCACAAUCUUCUGAAUUUAUUGAUCUCAGUAGCUGCAUGCGAGACAAACACAUCACUGUGCCAACGCUGAAUGGAUGGCUUCUUGGCUAUCCAGUAGUGUACUUGUUCAGCAAGGCACAUAUUACAGAUGCUAUAUGCAAUCUUUCCACCAAGUCUCUUCACCUCUUCAAAAUUUUACUCCACAGGAAUUGUACCUCUAGUAAGGGAUAUCAGGAAGAGGAACUGAUGAGUUUCUCUGUGCCCUAUGAUUUGAGCUUGGAGGGGAGCAGUGAACCAUGGGCAAAGGCAUUUCUGGCUCACAUGCAAGCAAAGUGGGAAAGGUGCAAGUCAGUCUGGGCUUCUCUCCGCAUGGAGGAAUAGCAGCAAGGAGCUUACAUCGAGUAUGGAUGGGUCGUCGACAAGCUUGGAGAGGAAAGAACCGAUAAAUGCAUCGCCGGCACCAGUUGUGUCGAUUGUGUUGACAUGGAAUGCAUCCACAGCUCCAUGGAAGUUCUGUGUAGCAAGUAUUAGACAAAUUGAAGAUGACAAACGAACGAGAUAAACUACUCCAUUUGUAGCUAUGUUUGUGGAUAAGGGAAUCCAAUGAAUUUAAAGGAUUUGGUCA